CACCACGAUUGGCUGAGAGCCGCGGCCGUCCGCUCCGGCCGGUCACUCAGUCUUUUGCAAAGGCGGCCCACGGUCUUUGCGAGGCGUGUGGUCCUCCGGUUUGUUGGCAGAGCUGGUGGGUGACCCUCCAGGGCGACCAUGGCAGAGCCACAGCCUGCGUCCAGCGGCCUCACGGAUGAGGUCGCCCUCGGCUGCUGCUCCGAUCCGGACCCAAGCACCAAGGACUUCCUGAUGCAGCAAACCAUGCUAAGAAUUAAGGAUCCUAAGAAGUCCCUGGAUUUCUACACUAGGGUUCUUGGACUGACGCUACUCCAAAAGCUUGAUUUUCCUUCGAUGAAAUUUUCCCUCUAUUUCUUGGCUUACGAGGAUAAGAAUGACAUCCCUAAAGACAAGAGUGAGAGAACAGCUUGGACGUUUUCCAGAAAAGCCACACUUGAGUUGACACACAACUGGGGCACCGAAGACGAUGAGACCCAGAGUUACCACAAUGGCAACUCAGACCCUCGGGGAUUUGGUCACAUUGGGAUUGCCGUUCCUGAUGUCUACAGUGCCUGUAAAAGGUUUGAAGAGCUGGGGGUCAAGUUUGUGAAGAAACCUGAUGAUGGUAAAAUGAAAGGUCUGGCAUUCAUUCAAGAUCCUGACGGCUACUGGAUUGAAAUUCUGAAUCCUAACAAAAUAGCAGAGAUUAUUUAGUUCUUUGUUGGAGUUGGUGGGGACAAGCAGCAGCGUGAGAGAAGCAGCUGAGGCCCCAGAAGCAUCGAGAACUGACGGAUCUGUGCCCCAGCUCCAGCCGCUCUGAAAUCCCUCUCAUUCUCCUGUUUCAGUGGCUUUUUCUUUUUAAAUCUCCCCUCCUCUAUUUAGUCAACCUAAUUGUCAAGUACCAGUUUAUCUUAUGACUUUGACAAAGUUAUGUGACUUUACUUUUUAGAUAAUAAUUAGAACGGUUCCCUCCAGAGACCACGUCUGCUCCCGCCUGUCUCUUCAAUACUACUCAAGUCUGGUUUUGAUCUAUCAUUUAAAAUUUUGUUUUAAAUGUUUCUUUUUCUGUUGGGGGGCUGUUACCUUCUGGGGUUUCAAUUCCUUAGAAAUGACUCUUCAUAAUGGAAAGUAAAGAGCUCUGAACAGAAAUGAAGCUUCGUGUGUGCUUCAAACAGCAUAGUGUUUAUUUUACAAACGAGAAGGCACUUGAGAGCAGUUCUGAAUCAUGCUGACAAGGACACUGGCAGAAAUACUAUAUACUAUAUAUAUAUAUAUAUAUAUAUAUAUAUAUAUAUAUAUAUAUAUAAUACUUUCGAGGUUCAAGGACUAACUUUACUUUUGUAGGAAUGUGGAGAAGGAAGGGCUUAAUUUACUGGGUACUUAGACAGUGGCUAGGCAGCAGCAUGCUUCAUGUGAGUGGAGACUGCAGUUGCUAACCUGACGGGGUCAUCAUUUUGGUACCUGGAUUACGCCUCACUGUAGCUCCUGCGCUGGUCUUCUGCUGUGAAACCUGCGGUGAGCUUGGCUUUGUGCCUUUGCUCUCGAGCUUGCCUGCAGUGGAAGAAGCAUAAAAGUCUUAGCACAAGGCUGGCCUAGGUGACAGUCUGUGUGAGUGAGGCUCACAUGAGUCUUCCCCACCCCAGGGUCUUCAUGAAUUCACUUAGGAUAAAUUAUUUCCAGUGAUAGCUCAGAUAUCAGGAGUUUGCUCAGUAGUCUACCCUGCUGACUGACUGACGAAGGAUUUCUAAGAGUUUUGAAAACUUAUGGCCUGGACGAUAAAACCCAAUUUGAGGUCAAACUGCAUUGAAGUUUUCUGCGGUGUGGUGGCAGAUGUCUGGACGGGUGAUGUCAAGUGUGACACUGCCAGAAGCGCUGUGUUUCUUUUGGGGAUGGAAUGGAUUAAUGCGAGCAGUUUAAACAAACCACAGACCGAAAUAAAACGCUGUUUAAUAUGUAAAAUUCUGUGGCAAGUUCUUUCUUAUAAAAGGCCUUGAAGAGGAGAUCUUGUAAAUGCACAGUGAACCUGCAUGCUGAGCCAAGGGUACGCAUGGUUCUGUGCAGACUGAAAGUCAGGUAAAUGCAUGCUGAGCCAAGGGUACACAUGAUUCUGUGCAGACUGAAAGAGGUAAAUGCAUGCUGAGUCUGCAUGCUGAGCCAAGGGUAUGCAUGGUUCUGUGCAGACUGUAAACCAGACAGUUUCUAUGGUUGAUGACGUGUGGGAAAGAAAAAUACAGAACCAGCAGUGGUUGCUCACACCUUUAAUCCAAGCACUCAAGAGGGAGAGGCAGACAAAGCUCUGUGAGUUCAAGGUUAGCCUAGUCUACAGAGCAAGUUCUAGGACAGCCAGGGCUACACAAAGAAAACUCUCUCUCUCUCUCUCUCUCUCUCUCUCUCUCUCUCUCUCAUAUAUAUAUAUAUAUAUUAGAUAGAUAGAUAGAUUUUAUAUGUAUAUAAAAUCUGCAAUAUUAUAUGAUUUUAGGGAAUUGUAAGUACAAGAGAAAGACCAGAUAGUAAAAGGUGGGUCACAGGCAUUUAGGAGGUCCAGUUUUGAAUGAUCAGUACUAAAAUCACCAAAUGGGAAGCCUACCAAAUUCAUCUAACAAUUUCAACCUUAUUUCCAGGGAGAAAAAGACUUCUGUACUUGCUAAGUGAGUCUUUCCAAAGGAUAACCCUUAUUUCUUAAGUUCAUUACUAAUGCACUGAAAAAAAUGUAUGUGGCUGGACCUUGGCAGGAAUCCAAAUGCACUUUGAGAUAUGCUUGCCUGGGAAGUGGUGAUGGCGAAAACGGACUGCAGCUCAGGAAGCUUGCUGCUGUUCCAUGCUGAGACAGCAGUGUUCUAGCAGUCAUGGAGAGUGCUGGUCUUCCACAGACCUGCACGCAUGCUGGGACUCUUACUGCAAGUGGCUUAAAUAAAGAGCCAGUGAUUAAAGACUCACUUGUGGCUUCCCAGUGCAGCAUUUUGACCAAACUGUAUAAUUGCAACUCAUAAUAUGCUGCUAUAACAAAAAAACCCCACAUAGACUAGGUAGUGUAAACAUUUUCUUACGCUUCAGGAGGCUGAACCAUCCAAGAAGAAGGCAGCAGCAGAUGCAGCCAGUGUCUGGCAAGGGUUCCCUUCCUGACUUGUAGACAGACACUGUCUGUGUCCUCACAUGGAAGAAGUUAGCUCAUGUCUGUCUUCCAGAUACUCAGCCCAUUCUGGAGGGCUCCACCGUAACUUGAUUAUCAUGCGAAGAACUCGUCUGUGGUGGUUUGAAUAGGUUGGCCCCAUAGACUUGUGUGUUUACAUCUUGGCCGUAGAAAGUGGCACUACUAGAAGGUGUGGCCUUGUUGAAGGAAGUGUGUCACUGUGGGGAUGGGCUUUGAGGUUUUGUACGGUCAAGCUACGCUCAGCAUCAUAGUUCACUUCCUGUUGCCUGCAGAUGAAGAUACAGAAGAACCCUUACCUUCUCUAGCACCAUGUCUGCGUGCAUGCCAUCAUGUCUUGCCAUGAAUAUAAUGGACUAAACCUCUGAAACUAAGCUAGCUCCAAAUAAAUGUUUGCCUUUAUGAGAGUUGCCAUGGUCACAGUGUCUCUUCACAAUAAUAGAAACUCUAAGACAUUUCCAGAUAACAUUUUGAGGAGUGCCGUAGGAAUUCCUGCAGCCAGCAGUCUGUCACUGAACAUCUUCCUCUUCGGGUCAGUACUAUUUAUGAUCAAAGAUGCCUAACACCAGGCUGAGUGCUGGGUGUCGAUCAAUGUCUAGUGGAAGAAAGUGACCUUGUUUCCUCACUUGUCAGGAUAGGACCGAAACGUUUCCCAAGGCUCCUUCACCAAACUCUCAUCUCCUUAUCUUCUGCAUGACCGACAAUUUUAUGGAGUAUUAGUUGUCUUACAGACUAUUUCACAGUUGGGGUUUCUGAUUUUGUGUGAUGGCAAUGAUGAAAGUCUUUAAGUGGAAGACCACAGGUAAAACGCCGUCUCGUAUUGAGGGCACAUGCGUUCAGCGAGCAUCACUAACUUAACCUUGUGGCCUGCUGAGGUUAUGUUUGUCAGGUUUCUCCAGCUGAAACUUUUCCUCUGCCCACAUCUGUCCUCUUCACAAGAAAGUCAACUACGUGAAGCCCCAAACCAGGGAAUUACGCUUUACUUCUUUGAGAGGGGAAAAAAACAAAACAAAACAGGUUUUUGCCUAUAUGAAUGCUCCUGGCUUAAAUAUUGUGCAGAUCAUUUUGGGGUAUCAACUGUCCCUGAACCUCAUCUGUAGUGGCAUUUCAAAUGUAUUUUCAUAAAUAAAGACUGUCUGAAGAUCUGAGAGUAAAAGAGUCCCACUGGUCAGCCUUACAGACCAGGUUAUGUUGACACACACCUUUAAUCCCAGUAGCCACACUAGUUGCCAUAGAAAAUGGGCAGUGCAUGCCUUUAAUGUGGUGGUGCACGCUUUUAAUCCCAGCCCUAGAGAGAAUGAUAAAAUGGGAGGAAACAGCUCUCAGGCA